CGUCCAGCGUUGUCACGUGUCACAUGACAGCAUUGACAGCUAGUGCUAACCUCCUCCCCUUUUUUAACAUAUGUGACUACCAUUGACAUGAAAAACCUAUUUACACCACAUCGUUCUCGCGUAAAAUGUAAAUAUUGUCCGCGCGACGUGUCAUUGAAGUAUCUGCGAUAAUUGUUUACACUGCCCAACAUGAAUAUUUCUACAAGUCUCAAGAAACACAGCGUUCACUGUCAGCCAGAUGUCCACAUGAUGGGCUGCGUCGAGCGAACGCAAGGCGAUGGCAUGGAGAAUGCGACUGCGGACAAGGCCGAGAUUAAGCAGAGCCGAAGUCGUUUGGGGGACACCCUUAUUUACCACCCCACAAAUCUGAAGCAAUCGGGAUCGACAGCUCCGGUCACUCCUAUUGGUACAAUAGUUAACCUGGUGCCAAAGAGUAUAAGUAACGCGAAGCAGGAGAAACAUAUCUUGCACUCCUUAAAAUCGAAAGAGCCAAAAUUUGUACCGUACGAGCCCUACAAGGCGGCCGUUAAUCCGAUAGUGCCGUUUGAAAAAAAGAACAAAUUACCUAAGAGAAAGUCUAGCAUGAACGCAGCAGUUGCGCAAAUUGCUGCAAUGAAGAUUCAGGACAGCGACACGAGGUUGAAGGAGUGUGUGACGGAGAGCAAGGAGAAGACAUCGGAAGACGAGUGGAACAAUGAGAAGAAGGCGCGUGAGGCUGAGAUCCGCAAGCUGAAAGAAGAGAACAGUCAGCUUGAAACUCAAUUAAAAUUUCAAGCGCAGGUCAAUGGAGAAUUGAAAAAUCUGUUGGUUGCUGCGGUGGGUGAGGACCUAGAGACAAGAGUUCAUCUGUUAACCGAGGACAAAUUGCAACUUGCGAGAGCCCUCCUGAAUUCGGCCCAACACUUGUCCACGCAUCAAGAACAGACGGAAUGGCUAGCGGGCCAAUGUGAAGUGUGGAGAAGUAAAUUUUUAGCUAGUAGCCUAAUGGUGGAGGAUCUGGCGAGAUGGAAAGCCGCGCUCUGCCAGCGAACGACGGAACUGCAGGAGACUAUAAAACGACUGUUGGAAGAGCAUAAUAAUAUUCGUGAUACGUCGCUCAAGACAUACAGGAUGCUCACGAUCCUGCGAGAAAAGUUCGAUUCCAUAGGAACAACGUCCGGCAAGAGGCACGAAUUAGCCAGCACUAAUAUCGUCGAUCUCGCCCAGGGGUGUUGCCAACUCGCGGAAAUUCUGAGAGUCAGUCUCCUGAGCGGCGUCCCGGACUCGGAAUUGCGGAGAGAGCUGAAUAUAACCGGCCUGGACAUGAAAACGCUCGCGGAGAACAACGCGGAGAAAUUGCUGAUGAAUCAAAAAUUACCCAUGACCGGGAGAGAGGACGUCGCCUGUACCGCGGUGAUGGGGGCGGCGGUCGCGGUCGGCGGGCAGAUGUUUCUUCCACGAUGCGACCCGAACAACAUGGCAUGCUGCCCGCAUUGCAGCGGCGAGAUUAAACAGAUUUGAAAAUAGCUUCACUUUUAUAUGCUCUUCCAUACGAGACUCCUUUUAUACUAUAAAUAAUAUAUCGAAUAUUUUUUCUAAUCUGGUGCCAAAAUGUACAGCUGUGUACCCUUUUUCUCUGCAGUUAACGAAACAACCACGUUCUUUUGCCAUAGAUCUAUAGAUAUUCAUUUAAACGAUCGAUCUGUUCUUGUAUCCACCCGUAGGCUAGGACUGAACCUUGUAAUUAUCCCACUAUUAUUUACUUCCUAAUUCAUUUUAUAUGUUUGUCAACAUUCACAUCUAUUUUUCACUUAUGUAAAUUAUAUAAUUUAUUUAAAAUAA